AUGGAAAACAACCAAUCGGCUUCGCGGGCUGCCCAGCGCUUCCUCAUUGACCGCGUGCGCACCGACUGGAGCUGGCCUGACGUGCCUGACGCCUGGUCACAAUCCGACGAGGAGGUUCGCGGCGUGACUUCCUUCCGCGAGCGUUUUUAUGGUGACUCGUCGCCUUCAGAAACCGAGGGCGAGGAUGCCGACGGCAGCGACCCGUACAAGUUUGACAGCCCGGAUAGCAUUGGCGAUGCAGUGGAGCUGAAGGCUCAGAAGCGCAAGAGGAAGAGGAGGGCUGCACUCGAAGACGAAAUGAAGGUCAACGAAGGGUUGCGCAUGUUUGUGGAGAGACGAGAUGCGUGGACGGGUGUGGCAAGUGUGAAGAAAUACGGGACCGCUGGGCGUCCCGCACAAGCUCAGAAUGUUGCACAGACAGCCGAGGCCGAACGAUCGCCAUCGAUCAGUGCUGAUAUAUCCUCGUCGAACGCGCCGACCCCCAUGAGCGUCGAUUCUCAGGCUUCCGCUACCGCUGCCCACGACGACGCUCUACGAACCGCUGCCACUGCCACCGACGAACCACUUGUACCGGUCGCACCUGCGCUCCUCCCAGACAAUGCCGUGAGGAUGUCCAUUACGCCCAGAGCAUACCCCGAAAUCUUUAAUAAGAUUGUGGUCUCGUCGAGAACGCCAUCUGUACCAAUCAAUCUCUCUGAUAUGACAAAAGCACUGGUGGCCGGCUGGAAAGAGAAUGGUGAGUGGCCUCCAAAGGCCGCACCGCUCGAUCCGCUGGCCGGGAAGAAACGCACCGCUCUUGCGGUCGUGCGAGCAGAGAACGGGGAGCCCUUUUUAGCUCACCACCCGCACCUGCAGAAGGGCAUGGACUCGGUUAGGAAGAUAUUCCACCUCAACGGACAGGCAAAGGAGGGCGGGCAUGGAAGCAGUCCUGCGAAUGCCGGCUGA